CUCUCCGCCGGCGAAAGCUUUGCUUCUUCUCUCAGUCAAUUCAGAUUCCUUUUAUAGAUUUCUUCGCCGGUCAUUAGAUUCGUUGAUCACUCAAUUUCGUCUUCUUCUUCUGGUGAGCUUCGAUUUCAUGAGAUUUUCAAUCGAAUUUAUAGCUUUUAAGGGCUCUUUUUAGGGUUUUGAUUUUGCGAAGUAGUUCCUGAAUCUACGAGCUGAUUUUGUUGUAAUUGAGUGGAGAUUGAAGUUGGGAAGAAGCUUAGAUUGUUGUUUUGAGCUCUGAAGAAGUGAAAUUAUGAGCAGUAGCUCUAGAGAGGGAUCUCCAGAUUGGCUUCGCUCUUACGAGGCACCCAUGACUACUUCAUUGUUGUCACUAUCAUCUUCAGAUGAUGAUAGUCCUUAUAGGGAUUCUGAAGCCGUUUCGUCUCUUCCUUUGCCUGAUGAAGACGGUGUUGACACCACGAUUCUUGAGAAAGAAUCUGUCGAGUCUCAAGAAUCUGUAGAGUUACUGUCUAGGAAGAAUUCCGAAACGAAUGUUGUGAUGAAGCAAGUGAGUAUCGAGCAGGUGUUUUCUAGAAAGAAGAAAGCAGAUGCUAGCCUCAACCUUGAAGGGAAGCAGAAUGGGAACAACGUUGAUGGGGAAAAACUCUCUUGCAAGCAUAAGGAUGCUCAACAGGGUGGAGAUGAUUCUGUAUGGCUUGUCUCAUCUGAUUCUGAACCAUCCUCUAGUGCUCCGAUAAAACAGGAAGUGACAGUGUCAACUGAAAAGGACGAGGAUAUUGUUCCUGAAGCUACAGAGGAAGAACCUGCAGUUAAGAAAGUUCGAAAAGAAAAAUCUCCAAAAACAAAGUCAAAGAGCGGUCGCAAGACACCCAAGGAAGGAAAUAGUGCACAGGAAAUUUUAAAAAGUGAAGAUAAAGAUACAGAUACCACUAUAGCCGAGGAAGUAACAACGGAAAGAUCUCCAAAAACAAAGUCAAAAAGUGGUCGCAAAACACCCAAGGAAGAAAUUAGUGCACAGGAAAUUUUAAAAAGUGAAGAUAAAGAUACAGAUACCACUAUAGCCGAUGAAGUAACAACGGAUCAGAAGAUCAAGCCUUCUUCUGGCUCAAGUUCAAGAUUGCCUUUGGUACUUUCUGAGAAGGUGAAUCGUACAAAGGUACUUGUUGAAUGUGAAGGUGACUCGAUAGAUUUGAGUGGAGACAUGGGGGCUGUUGGACGAGUGGUUGUUUCAGACACAACCGGAGACAUGUACUUGGACUUGAAAGGAACCAUAUAUAAAUCAACAAUCAUUCCAUCCAGAACAUUUUGCGUAGUUAACGUAGGUCAGACAGAGGCAAAGAUUGAAGCUAUUAUGAAUGACUUCAUACAGCUGACACCACAAUCUAAUGUCUACGAGGCAGAAACAAUGGUAGAAGGCACUCUGGAGGGAUUUUCAUUCGAAUCAGAUGAUGAAACUAACAAAAACGCCAAGACUGCUUCAAAGCCAGCUGAUCAAAGUGGAGGCACAGAGGAAGAAACCAACACAAAAGCCAAACCCAAAGCCAAAGCAAAAGGCGAAACUGUUAUAGGAAAAAAGAGAGGAAGACCAUCUAAAGAGAAGCAGCCACCAGCAAAGAAGGCUAGAAAUUCUGCCCCUAAGAAGCCAAAAACCAAGAAAUGAGUUGUGAUUUUGAUUUCUCUCACUCCU